UAAAGGUAGAGGGUGAGGAGAUGGAGACGGGAGGAGACAGGGGGAAGGAGGUGGUGGAGAUCCAUGACGAUGAAGAGAGUACAGUGGGGAUAAAUCAACCUGCGGAGAAUAAGAGACCACGGCCAACACUUGACCUCAACGAGGAAGUGGCAGGAAAUGGGAGAGAAGAGAAGGAACAGAAAGGUUGUGAAAGUGGGGAGAGAACCACCGAGACUGAGGGUGGGAGGAGCUCCAGCGAUAGCAGCAGCACGAAUAACGACUGCGCCAAGAACAACGGAGGGAGUGAGGAGUGGAGGACCAGCGUGAGGAAGUACCAUCGAUCCAAAAUGCCAAGGCUGCGGUGGACCCCCGAUCUCCACCUUGCCUUUGUGAACGCUGUUGAGAGACUAGGUGGUCAAGAAAGAGCAACUCCAAAGUGGGUUCUUCAGAUGAUGAAUGUGAGGGGGCUGAGUAUUGCUCAUGUAAAGAGUCACUUGCAGAUGUACCGAAGCAAAAAGCUAGAUAAUUCGAAGCAAGGAAAGAGCAUCUUCCCUUCAUCAGUGCUAUCAUUGGUGGAUGCUAGUAGGCCAAGAGAUCACAUUUCCAAUUUAUUUUACCAAAGAACUGUUUCAAGUCAGCCCCUCAGAAUGGAGAGUGGAGUCACUUUCUCCCAGAAGAAUGAUCUGGAGGAAUACAGGUGCUACCAUCUUUUGCAACGACAGCAGCCCCAACAGACUAAUGAUCUCAAGAACUUCCAUUCUAGGCACCAGGACUGGGCUUUCAACCAGAAAAUGUCAUCAAGUAUUCGACAAAUUAAGGAUCAAGGACAGGCGAGAGGUUUGAGUCAUGUUCUAAACUUUAGGAAGGAUGAGCAGCCAUCGACAUCCCAUUUAUUUGAUGCGAGGGAUGCAAUCACUGAAAAUUUGAAUGCCAGAGCAGCACACCAAUUUCUUUGGGAGAGAAGGUGGCUAUCAGGCGAUAUGACUAUCAGUCAAGGAAUAAACACAAGGGCCAUUGGAACAUAUGAUUGGAUCGGUAGGAACUCCAGGCUUGUUCCCACUGCUAGUCCUUUUAAUCUGGCCUCCACCAGUUCUACUUCAAAACGGAAUACUAGCAUCAGCUUCUUUGACUACUAUGAGAGCAAAACUAUUCAGACUGAGCCUAACUCGCGCGAACCUACAGUCAUCAGUGAUAGCCUCAAGCCUCAUUUUGAUACCCCACAUUGGCUUGAGUUACAGAAGAAUCCAACUUACCAGCCAAAGCACAAAUUUGAAGACAUAUAUGAAAAAUGCGACACUCCAACUGCUGACAUGGAGAAACUGAUAGUAGCAAGAGAGAGAGAUUGGACCCCCAACUUGCAGCUAAGCUUGAAUAAUUCGCACGAUGGAGCCGGUGGCAGAAAGGGUCUUGAGGCUGGAAAGGUUGAUAAUUUUCUCUCACUGUCGCCCCCUCAUCCUAUGUCUGAGAACCAAGUAGAGUCCUUCAAGAUGGAAAGAGAUGCUGCAAAAACUGAAAUCCAGUUCUUCCCGACAGAAAGCAGCAAGUAAGGUGCUCCACCGUGCUGGGGCGAGUACAUAAGAUCUGACCAUGCUGAUGAGGGCAUUGGAGUGAGAUCUUUCAAGUACUCAUCUCAAGGCCUUUAGAGUAGCACAGUAGUCUGCUCGUGAAUAAAGAUUUAGCCCAGUGAUUCCUUUCGUACCUCUUGUGCAAUAGUGAUUAGUAGCCUAGUCUUACACCCAGCCAUUGCUAUAAUAAUCUGAUAACAAGUUUCUGUCAUCGGAAUUGUUGGGAAACCAACUUCUAUACAGACCCUGAGAAAAUCUCAGCUUUUCAUCAUCUAUGUUGUGUUCAUUUGAUAUUUUUUUUACCUUGUUUCCCACUUAUGGGGAGCAAUA